UGACAUCACCCUCCUCCCCAUGGCAACCCUCGACGAUAUCAAAAUUGCCAAGCAACGUUGGAGCAGGUCGCUGCCGGAGGAUUUAAUGGAGAAAUCCCAAAGUAAGCCGGGGUGCGCUGUGGAGGAGGGGUGUGCCGCGGCCAGGAAGGAGGCCGGAGCCUGCCGGUGCCGCCUGUCAGGCAGCCCCGGGCCAGCUGGGGCUCUUGGGCCACGCUCCCUUUGACAGCUCUGCUGAGGACAGCAGGUGGGGGAAGGGCACUGCUCCCUCCCUGAUGUGCCAGAAGCCAGGAGCAGCCAUCCAGGUGACUAAGCCGGCCCGCUGGCACUGAGUCACCCCCUGGCCUGAAGGUUUCUUCCUUCCGUUUUGCAUCUGAUUAUUUUGGGAGCUGGAAACUUGGAGCUCCACCUGAGCCCCGCCCCUUCUAGCUCUCCCCUCCCUACCUUGGGAUCCGAAGAAGAUGGGACCUGCUGACAAUCUGCUGCUACCCCCUAAGGAUAUGGAAGCCGCUGUGGGCGCCGGAGAUGCCCAGGGAGAAACGCCAGGCAACAAAGUGCAAUAGCAGAUAUGGUGAUCGGGCUGCUGUGUCCUCUGGAGGUGUUGGGAGAGAAGAGGAAUCUGGUCUGCACUGACUGGAGUCCUCCCGGGCUGGCUUUGAACUCACCUCCCACAAGCUAUUUCUGUAAAUGAGUGGCUUCUAGGGUCAGAGUGGCAUUUGGAGAGCAAAGCUGGAUUGGCUUAGGCUGGCCUGGGCAGGGAGUGGUGCUUCCUGGGCUAGAGACAAGCACUGGCCUGCAGUGGGGAGCUCGAGGCUCAGCUGCCCGGAGGAGCAGCUACGAUGGGGGCUCCAGGCAGCACUUGGAGAUGGCAAUUGACACCCUGUUCAGGCCUUGGAGGACUGGCCGGGAAGGUCUUUAGUCUUCCUUCUUCUGGUGCCUGAAAGCUCUGCCCACUGACGAGUGAGGAGUUGGGAGGAAGAGGAGGCGAGGAAGGCAGGCCUGAGACACCAUGUUCCGCAAGAAAAAGAAGAAACGUCCUGAGAUCUCGGCCCCACAGAACUUCCAGCACCGCGUCCACACCUCCUUUGACCCCAAAGAAGGCAAGUUCGUGGGCCUUCCCCCACAAUGGCAGAACAUCCUGGACACACUUCGGCGGCCCAAACCGGUGGUGGACCCUUCACGCAUCACGCGGGUGCAGCUCCAGCCCAUGAAGACAGUGGUGCGUGGCAGCUCCGUGCCCAUGGACGGCUACAUCUCUGGGCUGCUCAACGACAUCCAGAAGUUGUCAGUCAUCAGCUCCAACACCCUGCGUGGCCGCAGCCCCGCCAGCCGCCGGCGGGCACAGUCCCUGGGGCUGCUGGGGGAGGAACACUGGGCCACCAACUCCGACAUGUACCUGCAGAGCCCCCAGUCUGAGUGCACCGACCCCCAUGGCCUCUACCUCAGCUGCGACGGGGGCGCAGCAGCAGGCCGCAGACAGCAGGAGCCACAGAGCCCACGGGUCCUGCCCAAUGGGCUGGCCACCAAGGCGCAGUCCCUGGGCCCCGCCGAGUUCCAGGGUGCCACGCAGCACUGCCUGCAACUGGGGGCCUGCCUGCAGAGCUCCCCACCCAUCCCUGCAAACACAGGGAAGCGUGGGACCAAGGCUGCCAGGCAUGGCGCCGAGGAGGCCCGGCCACAGUCUUGCCUGGUGGGCUCAGCUGCGGGCAGGCCCGGUGUGGAGGGCAGCCCUAGCCCUAAGACCCAGGAGAGCAGCCUUAAGCGCAGGCUAUUCCGAAGCAUGUUCCUGUCAACUCCUGCUACGGCCCCUCCAAGCAGCAGCAAGCUAGGCCCUCCGCCACAAAGCAAGCCCAACUCCUCGUUCCGACCGCAGCAAAGAGCCUCCCCCGCAAGCCUGGUGGCCAAGGCCCAGUCCUUGCCCUCAGACCAGCCCACGGGGACCUUCAGCCCUCUGACCACCUCAGAUACCAGCAGCCCUCAGAAGCCCCUCCGCAUAGCCCCGGCCUCCGGCCCUCCUCCAGGCCGGUCUUCACCAGCGGGUUCCCCCCGCACCCGGCAUGCCCAGAUCAGCACCAGCAACCUGUACCUGCCCCAGGACCCUGCAGUGGCCAAGGGUGCCCUAGCUGGCGAGGACACAGGCGUCGUGACACAUGAGCAGUUCAAGGCUGCACUCAGGAUGGUGGUGGACCAGGGUGACCCCCGGCUGCUGCUGGACAGCUACGUGAAGAUUGGCGAGGGCUCCACAGGCAUUGUCUGCCUGGCACGGGAGAAGCACUCAGGCCGCCAGGUGGCUGUCAAGAUGAUGGACCUCAGGAAGCAGCAGCGCAGGGAGUUGCUCUUUAAUGAGGUGGUGAUAAUGCGGGACUACCAGCACCUCAACGUGGUGGAGAUGUACAAGAGCUACCUGGUGGGCGAGGAGCUGUGGGUGCUUAUGGAGUUCCUGCAGGGAGGGGCCCUCACGGACAUCAUCUCCCAAGUCAGGCUGAACGAGGAGCAGAUCGCCACUGUGUGUGAGGCCGUGCUGCAGGCCCUGGCUUACCUGCAUGCCCAAGGUGUCAUCCACCGGGACAUCAAGAGUGACUCUAUCCUGCUGACCCUCGAUGGCAGGGUGAAACUCUCAGACUUCGGAUUCUGUGCUCAGAUCAGCAAAGACGUCCCUAAGAGGAAGUCCCUGGUGGGAACUCCCUACUGGAUGGCUCCUGAAGUGAUCUCCAGAUCUCUGUAUGCGACCGAGGUGGAUAUCUGGUCUCUGGGUAUCAUGGUGAUAGAGAUGGUGGACGGGGAGCCACCUUACUUCAGCGACUCCCCAGUGCAAGCCAUGAAGAGGCUCCGGGACAGCCCCCCACCCAAGCUGAAAAACGCUCACAAGGUGUCCCCAGUGCUGCGAGACUUCCUGGAAAGGAUGCUGGUGCGGGACCCCCAGGAGAGAGCCACAGCCCAAGAGCUCCUGGACCAUCCCUUCCUGCUGCAGACGGGGCUACCAGAAUGCCUGGUGCCCCUGAUCCAUCUCUACCGCAAGCAGACCUCUACUUGCUGAAUCCACCCCCAGGGUGCACCUGCCACCUGUGCCCACAGGCAGGGGACACUGGGCAACUAGCUUGCCGACAGGGCCUGCCUGCCUCAUUUUCUCAGUAUUCUCUCCAAAGAUUGAAUGUGAAGCCCCACGCCCACCCACCCUCCUGCCCCUCAGCCCACUGGGCCAGGCCGGACCUGCCCCUCAGUCUCUCUCCCCUCCAAGAGAGUCCCCAGUUGCCUUUGGGAUGAUGGAGACCCCUUCUUCAGGAUGACCCUUUGUUAUUUGCACAGGGAUAUUUCUAAGAAACACCGAGACCAGCACUUCUGGCCGCUGCAGCCAACAUAGCAGAAAAGGCUGCUGCGGUUUUUUUUAAAGGCAGUUGCACACUAGCAUCCCAGGCCACCCAAGAGGGCGGAGUGCCAGUUUUCACCAGGAUACUUGCUGUUCUCAGCUUCAAUUCCAAACCCUGGGGCCUCGAGAGGGCCACAGGGAAGGUUUUCAUUGCCUGAAUCUGUCUUCUUCCCUUGUGUCUGACUUCUUGGAGACACAGUCCCACCUGCACCUGCUUCCACACCCACCUGCACUGACAACACACAACACUCUUAUGCACAGCCUGCUGUGAACUGUGAACAGCCAGCUCAUAGGCCACGGGAGGCCACAGGAAGGGGAGGGGCAUUUUCUGGGUAAAAGAGAAACAAUGGAGGUGGUAAAAGUGGUGUUACUUUACAGGAUGCGUAUGCUCACUCGUGCCUGUGUGUGUGUGUGUGUGUGUGUGUGUGUGUGUAAGCAGAGGAAGGUCACCCCAACAGCCUGGCCCCAUCAGUAAGGCUUGCCCAUUCUCUCUUCCACUAAGUUCUGCACUGAAGGGACCUGGUUUCUUGGUUUGGCUUCCCACCUCUUAAGUCCCGUGUCUCUACCUGACCAGUGAAGAGGUCUGUCUUGAGUCUAACUCAUCCUGCAGUCUGGGCAGGUUUCUGAGUGUCUCCUGUACUAUGGAGUCUGAAAGCCCAAGACCAGAAGAAUGAGGAAACAAACUUUGUUUUACUUGUGAGCUCCAUCUCAAUAACCAGGUCAUCAGGGACCCUCUUCAAAAUCCUGGUCUGGGGAGAUGGGCCAGCUCCCAGGGUUCCAUGUUGUCAAGAGAAUGGGCACCCCCAUUUGUGCAAACCAUCUGCCCCUAGCUGCCUCCUCAGAUAACUUGUCUCCUUGUCCUCUUUCCCUCCCCACCUUUAGGGCUGUUGUGAGACAGGGAAGCCCAGGGAAGAACUCCAGGUGUCUGGAUGUUAUCUAGAUCAUAUUUUUAGAUUUCUCUGCUCCCUAGUGGCCUGCUCUGGGACAAAACAAACAGAAAAACUGCAAGGACUUUUUUUUUAAGGGUCAGAGUUUCAAAAACAAAAGCGUCUUCCCUAGAAACUUUUUUGUGAAUUGUUUGCACUUGUGCCUGUUUUAAAUUAA